GGCGGGUACGGGGACCUAAUCCCCAAUGGGGACGGGGAUGGAGAAUCCCCAGUUUCUUAUUACGGGAAUUGGGGCGGGUAAGGGGAUGGGAAUGAAGUUGGGAAUAGUAAUUUAAUCCCCUUACCCUACCCUCCCCAUUGCGAUCCCUACAUUAGUGUUUGGUAAGCCAACUUCUCAUCAGCUUUCUCCAGAAGCUGCUGUGGCUUCCGUCGUAAAUUCUAAACUCACUUUUAAAGCUGAAGCAUACAUCGCACCAUCUCGUUCUAAACCCAUGAAAGUUCCAAAGCCAUAGCCAAACAUCCAAAACCAGAGCAUGGAAAGCAACAAGGAAGAACAAGCAGAGGCAACCCUCUGGGCCCGGAAGUCGUGGGCCCUACUCUCCGCCGUCCGAUCCCAGUCGCCGCUGAUCCAAUGCAUCACAAACUUCGUGUCAAUGGAUCUGAUGGCCAACACUCUCUUAUCCGCCGGUGCAUCACCGGCCAUGCUCCACACCCUCGAAGAAAUCCCGGACUUCACGCCUCAGGUCCACGCGCUCUGCCUCAACGUCGGCACACUCUCCGCCGACUGGUUGCCGGCCAUGAAGCUCGCCGCCCAACUGGCACGCAAGUCCGGUAAGCCCUGGGUUAUCGACCCUGUCGCCGCCGGCGCUUCCGGUUUCCGGUUGAAGGCUUGUUUGGAGCUUGUGGAGCUUAAGCCGACUGUUAUACGAGGAAAUGCUUCCGAGAUUAUCGCCCUCGCCAACGCUUCUGUGGGACCCACUAAGGGUGUAGACAGUUCCCAUGAGUCCACGGAUGCAGUGGAAUCGGCAAAGUCAUUGGCUCGAGCCAGCGGUGCCGUUGUUGCAGUUUCCGGAGCUGUGGACAUUGUCACCGAUGGGGAGAGAGUUGUUGGUGCUCAUAAUGGGGUUGCCAUGAUGACAAAGAUUACGGCAACAGGGUGUUCUGUCACUGCUCUCAUUGCUGCUUUUAUUGCUGUUGAUCAAACACAUGUACUGGAAGCUACAGCUGCGGCGUUAUCCUUAUUUGGGAUUGCGGGAGAGAUGGGAAUGGAAAUGGCGAAUGGUCCAGCAACCUUGAGGAUUCACUUGAUAGAUUCACUUCACGGACUGGAUGAAGAGCGUGUGCUUUCUCGUGUUAAAAUCACCAGCUUGUUGUGAACAAUGAGGAGCUGUUUACAUGGUAUGUUAAUUGCCAUUAGAUUUGUUUAUUUUUCUAUAUAGAGUUCUCAUAUACUGAGCCAUUACAUGAAUGAUGAAUAACAUACACUGCACUGCACUAAUAUCCUUGUGUUGAACAGUAGCAACAAUUUGUGUCCCAGGGAUUACCGUAUUUGAGACCUUUAUUCAUUGUCAGGGAAAAUGCUUAAUUUUAAGUCGUUUGUUUCAUAUGAAACUUCGACAAAUCUUACUAUCAUGUGGUUCUGAUUGGUGCUUAUACAUCUUUCAUUAUACCGUUAUGGUGCA